GCCGCCGAGUUCUUCAAAUUCCUCUUCCAUGCUGUCGAAGAUGGCCAAGACAUCACCUACCUUGAAAAGAAGUACCUCACCGGAUCUAUCAAGCACCCCGAAAGAAUCGUCUUCAUCGAAAAGGAGGACUACGAAUUGGUGAAGGAAUGGUCAGUCAAGUACGAAGUCCCCGCCAUCGUCAGACGUGUCCACGAGAUCGUCAGUGCUCAGACCAGAAAGACCAUCGACAAGAAGUACCACGAGAGAGUGGUUGAGUGGAUCUUCGAGGAUGUCUCAGCCAUUCGUGACGACAUUCGUGAUGACUUGAAGGGCAGCGAAAAAGUCGAACGCUACGACAAAUUGUUCGAAAAGCUCUCGAUCCUGGUUCUCGAGCUUGCCCGUUGCGAUCUUGCCUUGGAG